AUGUUCAACAACAGCUCUCUUUUGCCGUCCAGUACCGGCGAAGCAUCAGGAGACUUCAACAGUAAGAGUUCCUGUAUCUUGUGGCACUUACAAAACAAUUCGUCUUACAAUUACGACCGAGCCCAAGAAGCCUGCUCCAUGUACACGGACUUCCCCGAGCUGGGAACAGGAAUGACUGUCGCAUUUUGGCUGACAGGGAUCCAUAUCCUCAUUUCUAACGCUGCCGUACUUUGGGGAAUCAUCAGAACACCAGCAGAGCUCCGCAAACAACUGCACAUUCUCAUGGCAAACCUAGCCGUGGCAGACCUCUUAGCAGGUACUGGACUCUUCGCGACCGUACGACGGCAAGCUAUAGACAGAGAAGGAUUGGCCGAACAGUACUUCAAAAUAUAUACGUCAAAUACCCUAGGAUAUACUCAGAUGAUGUCUGCCUCAGCACUAUGCCUACUGUCUAUAAGCUCUUAUGUUGCUAUAAGGCAUCCUAUAUUUUUCCACACUCAUGCUCACAGUGCCAAGCGCGACGCAGGUGUGGCCAUUGUUUCUUCAUGGUUUGUUUUUUCCCUGUUAAGUUUCAUGCCCAGUAUGGGUUGGAACUGUCUCGACAAGUCCAUAUCAAAGUGUUUAAACUUUUAUCCCGUAGCGUUCGUUUAUCUUGCAGUGACCGUAUUUCUCCUUUUGAUCUGUGUCAUGGUGUUCGCGAAUGUCAGCGUGUUCUUAGCAAUCAAAGAACGGCAAAAGAGAAGGCUUGGGCAGCCGGGCGGUCAGAACGAUCCGGGACAAAACAGCGCAUCGCAAGAUCAGCCUAACGAUGCAGCAGAAAGAAAAUACCAAAAAAGUGUGCAAAAGACCAGGACAGUUCUCAUUCAGGUAGUAUCGGCAAUUAUCUUCUGGCUGGUUCCCAUGAUAUUCAUUCUAUCGUGCAAGGCUUGGGAGAAGUGUCCCUUGCCGACCAGGAAUACUGGAAUACCUUUGGUGGCGCCAUUGCUGCUGGUUUUGAACUCGGCGAUCAAUCCAGUCGCAAGUAUCAUCCGCACGCCGGACUUACGAACGAGUCUCCGCCAAGAUGCUACAGCUAUCUAUCAGGCACUUGUCACCAUGAUGCGGGGAAACCGCGUGAACCCACAGGACGAACAAGCUCCCCCAAAUCAGCGAGGCGGUACCGGGGCGGCUUCUGGGAGUGAACGGAACAUGCCAACAGGCCAGCCCGCUACAGGACCGGAGGUGACUCGCUCUAACCAGGGUAUAGCAGACAGUCCUGAGAUUGUAGAACUUGUCUGA